AUGGCUGUCCAGGACGGUGCUCACUUUGACUUCAUUGUCGUUGGCGGUGGCACGGCAGGCAACAUUGUUGCCUGCCGCCUCGCCGAAAACCCCAAUGCCAGAAUUCUGGUCCUUGAAGCCGGUAUUGGCAGCUCUGAGGACAACGAAGAGAUCCGAACACCCGGAUUGGCAAUGGAUAUCCGAGGUAGCCAGUACGACUGGGCCUACAAGACCACCAUGGUCAAGCGCCCCGACUACGAGCGCAUUGAGAAGCCUAACACCCGUGGAAAGGCUCUCGGUGGUAGUUCGUCCCUGAACUAUUUCUCCUGGGUGCCUGGUUCGAAAGGCACUUUCGAUAUGUGGGAGGAAUAUGGCGGAAAGGAAUGGACCUGGGACCCUCUUGUUCCUUACCUUCGCAAGAGCGUGACCUAUCACGACGACGCUGGCUUAUACCCGCCGGAACUCAAGAAAAUUGGCGCCGGGGGUCCGAUCCCAAUCGCUCAUGCCGAACUUAUGCCAGAGAUGAAAGGCUUCCGUGAGCUCCUUUCUCGGGCUUGGAAAUCUACUGGCGAGCCUCUCACAGAGAACAUCUUUGAUGGAACGAUGCGUGGCCUGGUACACAGUGUCAACACUAUCUACAAAGGUCGGCGCUCGGGCAGUUUCCUUGCGGUGGCCGACAAGCGGAAUAUUACUAUUCUGCCUGAAGUGCACUCCAAGCGCCUUAUUAUUGACGAUGCCGAUCGCACGGCUAAGGGUGUGACAGUCAUCACGGGAUCUGGACAAGAGCUUAGUUUCUAUGCCGACCGUGAAGUUAUUGUUUCUCAAGGUGUCUUUGAAUCCCCGAAGCUCUUGAUGCUCAGCGGUAUUGGACCGGCUCCUGAGCUAAACAAGCACGGAAUUCCCGUGAUCGUCGAUUCGCGCCACGUUGGCCAGCAUCUUCAAGAUCACCCGGGUGUUCCUUUCGUCCUUCGUCUGAAGGAUGAAUUCUCAAUGGAUAGUCACGUUUUGCGAAAGGGCCCUCUCCAGGACAAAGUCUUAUCAACUUACGCUAAUGGCCAUGCUGGUCCUAUGGCAUCGCCCUUCCUUGAGAUGAUCGGUUUCCCUCGUAUUGAUAAGUACUUGGAGAAAUCGCCUGAGUACCGUGAGGCAAAGGCUGCUAAUGGUGGCCAAGACCCCUUCUGUCCGUAUGGCCAGCCUCAUUUCGAGCUUGACUUCAUCCCAUUGUUUGGUAGUGCCUUCCAGUGGCACUUCCCCCACCCCAAUAAGGGCAGUUAUAUGACGGUUAUGGUAGAUCUUGUUCGUCCCGUCUCCGAAGGUGGCGAGGUUACGCUUAACAGCGCGGAUCCCCUGCAGCAAGCCAACAUCAACUUGAACUACUUCAGCAAUGACCUCGACAUUAUUGCCAUUCGUGAAGGUAUCAGAUACGCCUAUGAUGUUCUCAAGAAUGGUGAAGGGUUCAAGGAAAUUGUCGAGGACGAAUACCCUUGGGACAUGCCGCUGGACGACGAUGAGGCAAUGAAGCGAACCGUGUUGGAUCGUUCUCAGACCUCUUUCCACCCUUGCGGUACCGCUCGUCUGUCGAAGGAUAUCCAACAGGGUGUGGUCGAUGCUAAUCUGAAGGUGCACGGAAUUAAGAACCUCCGUGUUAUUGACGCCUCUGUCAUCCCUGUUAUUCCGGACUGCCGCAUCCAGAAUUCGGUUUACAUGAUCGCUGAGAAAGGUGCUGACGCUAUCAAGCGUGAUCACGCAGACUUUUACAACUAA